AUGAGAGCAAGCACGAAACAUGGCGCUCCUCCUUCAAGUGCCAAGUCUUUUCUGGGUCAAGCUGUUGCCAGAUACGACGUGGACGAGCUAGAUGAUCUGGGCAAGCGCUCGAAACGCGAGAGAUAUGUUGAAGUCAAGCGCCCCGACGGCACCAUUGCCAAGGCCCGUGGCGAGCGUACCUUCUACGGUGCCUUUGAAGGUGGCUUCAGUGCUGGAUAUUGGAACACAGUUGGGAGCAAGGAAGGCUGGGAACCUGCCUCCUUCAGCUCUAGCCGAAGCAAGCGCCAUGCAGAUGCAGCUCCUCGAGUUGAAGACUACAUGGAUGAAGAAGACUUGCGAGAUCAUCGCUCCUCCCGCAAGACCAUCACUGCGCGCGAUGAGUUUGCAGCCCGGAACGACUCGGCCGGUGGGAAGGCGGGUUCAGCGGCGUUGACCACGGGUGUGUCCCAUGAUUUGGAAGAAGAGCUCUUCGGUGCCAACCGCUUGGGUACCCGUCUCCUGCGUGCCAGUGUUGUGCCUGUUCCAAGUCAAAAGGAUGUGCCCAACUCGGCAGCCAGCGAUACAGCACCCAAAAAAAAAUCCUAUGGGUGUGCUCCGCCACCUCCAGGCUACAGGGCUGGAGAAACAGCAGAGGGCAGCUUGGGCUUCAAGGUCGAAGAGCAAGGGAAAAGGCUUGCAGACUUCCAUUCUUCUCAGGCUCCUUCGAUGGAACCAGCUUUGGAGGCUGAGCUGGAACGACUGUGGCACUGCAAGAAUGAUUUGCAGGGAAUUGGUUACUUCUUGGGAGCAGGCUUGGGCUCUGCGAUCCCGAGCAAUCGCAGACUCUACAUGUCCAAUGCACGUGGAAGAAACAUGGCCUCAACCACAAAAGCCAUCGGUUACUCGCAGUUCGGAACUGGAGUUUUGGACCAGGAUGAGUAUGAUGCCUGGGAGGAAGUCUACGAGCAUGAAACCGAUAAACGCAUGCACUACCAUGAGGAGGCCCGUUAUGCCCUGGAGAAUGGCCCACAGGUGACGGGUGUGUCCACGGUCGCUGGCUUUGUGAAGGCGGAGCGGCCAGACCGGGACCCUUCGGACUUCUCUCGGUGGCAUCCACCACCGGUGCCGCGGAGCGAGGAGCAUCGAAAGCUGCUGGAGUUUCAAGACAAGCAUGGCCGGCAGAGGCUCAUGGAUCCGUCCUUCCGUGCGCAACUCCUGGGCGAGCAGACCCGGAUCCCACCGGACGCCGCGGCUCCGGCGGCACCAGCGGCAGCUCCGGUGGAUGCCGCGACUGCGGCGCAACGGUCCGCGGAGCCGCUGUGGCAAGCGGUGCCGGAGCACCAGAAGCAGAAUCUGCUGAACGCCUUGGGGAGAAACUUUGUGGUGGGUGCCACGCAGGAUAUGGAUGGCAAAGCUGCCCGACAUGAACCCUUCAAGAGUGCUUCUGACCAAAGAAGACCUGAGGAUCCGAGCAAACAAAAGCGCUACGCCAAGUUCUGCUUGGCCAUGGAGGGGAAGGCAGCCUUCUCCGAAGCGCUCCAGGCAGAGCCGUCCCUCAGCGAGGCACAACGCGAAAGCGAGGUUGUGGAAUUUGGCCGCGUCUACCGGUCCUUCAGGCAGCAGCAUCCGAAUGAAGAUAUUGCUAAAGCCUUGGAGGAGAAGACUUGCACAGCUUCAGCCCCUGUGGUUCGCAGGACAGUCACACCGUGGGUGCCUGACAAGCUGCUUUGCAGGCGUUGGAAUGUGCCAGAGCCAAGGCCAAGUGGCUUCAGCGAUCGCCCAGCUAAUGAGCCCAAGAAGCAGCAGCGAAGUUACAAUGACCAGGUGAAGGCCAAGGAGGCCAAAGAGGGGAAGCCCAAGCCUGAGGAGGCACAGAGCCAACCAACUGCAAAUCCUGCUCCAAACUUGGAAGUGGCUGCCAGCGGUGAGCUGACGCGCCCACCCAAGCCUUUGUUCACGUCAAUCUUCGGAGAAUCCGACGAUGACUAG